AAUAUUAAAAUAAAGAGGGGCAGCUAGCUGUUAGCCUCCGCAGUUGCGCCGGCAAUUCUCCCAGUCAAAAGGAAAGGAAAGGAAAGGAAAAUUUCUAUAAAACCAACCCUUCUUGAACAAUGCUGCCAUGAUGUUUUGGUCGUCUCAAUAGUCAUUCACACCAUAACAACGCAAUGGCCACAGAGGAGUCGAUUCAGGGAAAGAGGGUCGUGAUUGUUGGAGGAGGAGUUGCAGGUGGCCUUCUUGCAAAAACUCUCCAAUUCCGUGCCGAUGUUACCCUCAUAGAUCCUAAGGAGUAUUUUGAAAUUACAUGGGCGAGCUUGAGAUCAAUGGUGGAGCCAUCUUUUGCAAAGAGGUCAGUGAUCCGGCAUACUGAUUACUUCAAAAAUGGACGUAUAAUCACAUCUCAUGCAAUUAACAUCACCAACACUGAAGUAUUAACUGCGGACGGGCUUCUGGUUCCCUAUGAUUAUCUUGUCUUAGCCACUGGCCACACUGAUUCUGUUCCCACAUCAAGAAUUGAAAAGCUCCAACAGUAUGAAGCAGAAUACCAAAAGAUAAAAGCUGCUGGUUCAAUUUUAAUCAUUGGAGGGGGUCCCACUGGUGUUGAACUUGCUGCAGAGAUUGCUGUUGAUUUCCCUGGGAAGAAGGUUACUCUAGUUCAGAGAGGAUCAAGGUUGCUAGAAUUCGUUGGAGAAAAGGCUUCUACCAAGGCAUUGGAUUGGUUGACCUCGAAGAAGGUUGAAGUGAUUCUGGGGCAGUCAGUCGACGUGAACUCUGUAUCAGAUGGAAAUGGGACAUAUAAAACAUCCAGUGGAGAAACUAUAAAAGCUGAUAUCCACUUUGUUUGUGUUGGUAAACCAAUAGGUUCUGCCUGGCUAAAGGAGACCAUACUAAAGGAUAUGUUGGAUAUGCAUGGGAGAUUGAAGGUUGAUGAGAACUUGAGGGUUAGAGGUUGGAAGAACGUCUUUGCCAUUGGGGAUAUUACUGACAUUCAGGAAAUCAAACAAGGUUACAUUGCACAUAAGCAUGCUUUAGUGACUGCCAGGAACUUGAAGCUUUUGAUGAAUGGAGAAAACGAAAGAAAGCUGGAAAAAUACAAGACUGGUAGCCCACUUGCACUUGUUUCGCUAGGGAGGAAAGAAGGUGUGGCACAGCUCCCCUUCGUGACAAUAAGUGGAUGCGUUCCUGGAUAUAUCAAAUCCAGGGACCUGUUUGUUGGGAAGACAAGGAAGGAAAUGGGCCUAGAAUCAUAUCCUGUGGAGGAUGAAUGAGAGCUGAGUGAAAGUAAUACUUCAGUAGCCAUUUGCAUAGGUAAGAAUUAAUGAAAUAUAUUUUGGAAUGUAAGACAUAUGCACUAUUAUAGUUCUAUAAGUUGUUACUCAUCUGUAUAGAAUAGGUUGUGAUUUUCAUGUGGUUUCAUGGAGAGAAUGUUGUUCAAUGUAGAGAUAUUUGUCAUGUUAUAAACAUAAUGGUUGGCUUUUAUAAUUCAAAAACAAACUUUCAAGAAAAA